AAUGACCCUAGUAACUUAAAGAAACAGGCAAGGCAAAGGAAAGGUACGUGAUCUCGUGAAUUACUUCAGAAUAAAUUCAGAAAUUUUAUUUAAGAACCACAGCAUUUUGUGAUUCGUUUGAAAAACCCUCUUUCUUUCUCUACCAAGUCAAUAAUGUUGGAUCAUUAACAUGGUUAAAACAAACCUUUUGAAGUUCAGAUGCAGCAUGUUACUCUUUCAACGACUAAGUUAAUAUUGAGGAGUUCUCGUAGUGAUUUACUUGAACCUUUGUUUAACAUCGAUUUAGUUCUUUCUCUCUUCAAAAGUGUACAUCUGCUCAUGUGACAUAAACAUUUUCUGGAUCCCGAUGAGAAAUUUUUACCUGUGUUUUGGUUUUGAACAGAUGAAGAGUACAAGGGAUGCUGAUAAAACUGAAUCUGAUCUGCUUGGCAAGUUUGAUUACGCAUGGAAUAAGGGAAGUAAUGGUCCUCGCCGACACAAUGAUAUACUCAAAAUGCUUGAUCGCAUCUCUAAAACUUCUCCCUUUAUGGCAAAGCUACAGGUUUUAUCUCAAAAGAAGAAGGGAAUAAAAAUCAAAGCUUACAAACCACCUUUUGUGGAGAAUGGAUUGGACUUUUACACUAGCUUGGAAACUAAUGGCCUCCUCGCUCAAAUUUUCAAAUUUGGACGAUCACAGCCAAGAUUGAUUGUCAGAUCUGUUAUCAACGAAAAUUACAUUAGCAUCUGUGGUGUCGCUUUAGGUCAUGGAGUCGUCUGUAAAAGGGCACCAGCUGAAGGGAACAAAAGGUGUUCAGAGCAUAAAGGCAUGAAAGUAAAUGGUUUCACAUCUAAGUUACUUAAAGAUGGAAAAUCAACUUUGGUUGCAAAUGAGUAUCCUAUAAACAAGACAUUCACCCCACCUUGUGGAGUCAUUUUGGAUGAUGGCUCUUGCUGUACAAGCAAACCAGUCCAAGGAAACAAGAGAUGCCUGGAGCAUAAGGGAAGGAAAAUCAAUAAUUUCCCUCAGCUAGUAAAUGAUAAGAAAGCAAAUUAUGUGUACGGUCCAGUUCUGGACUAUAAUACAUCCCUCAGUAAAGCUGGCCACACUGAUUCUAGCUCAACUAUAUGUGGAGUGGACCUAGACGAUGGGACUUUUUGCACCAGGCAACCUCCGGCGGCUAGAAAGAGGUGCGAGGAGCACAAGGGCAAGAGGAUCAAAGAGACCAUUAGUAUUUCCCAUAGAGAUGAAAUCCCCAGCUCGUUUAUACAUUCAGGUCCCAAAAUUGGGAUACAGGAGAGCCAGAAUCAUUCACUUAUUCCUUCAGUUUUUUGUGAUAUAACUUCUCCAGCAUGUGGGGCAGCAACACAUGAUGGUUCAUUCUGCAGUAGAAAACCUACAGAAGGAAAUAAAAGAUGCUGGCAGCAUAAAGCAUCAUCACUAAAUAUUAUAUAUAUAUUAGGACACCACACGUAUAUACUUCCACUCACGUAUUUGCACAUACAUAGUUCCAGAACCAUUAGUGCAAAAAGGGGCUCCUUUAGAAAUAUUUAG